AUGAACCACCUAGUCAUCAUACUCACCCUCAUCAAAAUAACAUACGGCCUGGUAGGAUAUGACUGCAACGGCAACCACCUCAAUGUUACCACUAUCUCUCUAAACUCCAUCGGGGAUUGCAGCAUACAGCCUACAUUGACUGAAACCCAAGAUAUUUAUAUACAAUUACUUCAACUCUCAGAAUUUGAAUUUACCAACGUAAGGCAAUGCAAGGUGCAAAUAACUCGAAUUGUAUAUUACUGCGGCAUGCACUCUCACACGUCGGCAGUGCAUAACGGAUUCGCCGAAUACCUCCAUGAAACAACCGCCCAACAAUGUGCAAGGAUGCACCAAGACGGCACGUUUUCACUCGGACCACAAAACCUUAUAGUUGGUCUAAAGGAUAAUGCAACAGAAACAAGGUCGCUUGUCCUAGCCGGCAAGCUAACAGACGACGGCAGCUGCCAGGGAACACAGUAUGUAGACCCAUACGGGAGCUGGGAAAAGGUCGUCGUACAAGCAACAGUGAGGAUAAGUUUAAAAUCAGCAGUCGUGCCAGUACGGAUCGAGGCGAACAGAAUUCUACUGAAAUCAGGAACAGUAUGUACCUUUAGCGAAGGAAACUGUCUAGACGCUGAAGACGGAUACACUUAUUGGCAACCACAACCACCCUCACCAUGCAAAUUUGAUCAGUACGAUGUACUAUAUGAAGGAAUUGCUACAAGGAUCCAGGAAAUAAAAACCAACAGAGAAUCAGCACAAUCAGUUUACGCACUAACAACGCAGGAAGUAACAUUUGCACUGACUAAAACCGGAGAACAGCCACUGUGUGGAUAUACCCUACUAUCCACCGAACACCCCAAAUUGUUCCUAUUAGAAACAACAAGAGGAAAUACGUUCAUCUCCGAAAGAAAGACAGCAGUCGAAAACUUGGACAUAUUCGCAUACGUCAACUCAAAAUUCAUUUACAUAGAGAAACAUAUUAAACGACAAAUGACAACAUUGUACCAUGAUAUAUUGACACAAAGAUGUACCACGCAGAAGAAACUAAUAGAGAAUGCUUUAAGCUUAGUAAUCUUACUGCCCGAUGAAUUUGCCUAUACCAUAACCAAAACUCCAGGACACAUGGCCCUGAUCGCAGGAGAAGCAGUCCACAUAGUCAAAUGCAUUCCGGUACAAGUAAAGGUACGACAUACAACAGAAUGCUACUCGGAACUACCUGUUUGGCAAGGGAAUCGCACCGCAUUUUUAACGCCAAAAACACACAUUCUAACGCAACACGGAAACCACAGAGAAUGUAGCGCGGUACUACCUACACUAUACAAUAUCGACGGACUCUGUCACAAAUUCGUACCAAAACCCAUGGAAACAAUUGCACCACAGGAACUCCGCCCGGACGUACGUCAAACGUGGCAAUAUUCAGCACCAUCGUCGUUGGCCACGAGCGGAAUAUACACCCAAAAGGACCUCGACGCACUUCGGGACCACGUCAUGUUCCCGGCAGAAAAAUCUGCAGUUUUGAACACAUUGGCCAGAGGAGCAACAGGAAAAACAAUCGUCCCUGGAACAGAGCAAUAUGCGGCUCAGUUACCCACCUGCUACUAUACCUCAAAGGAAAACGAAAUAUCGAUGAUCAAACGGCACAACCUAGAGGAAUAUCGAUAA